UACGAGACGCUCAGUUCACCAGUAGAUGUAAGGAGAGACAGAUGUGCUUGUGUGAGAGAGACAGAUCAUAAACACAGACAAGAGAAAAUCACACAGACGGACAUAAGAAAGAAGAACAGAGGCACAAGGAAGAGUCUGAUCUCACACAGGAAUAUAGGAGAAACAGAACGAGUGAAUGAGAGAGAGAUGAAGAGAUGAAGAACAGUCCGUUCACCUACAAAACACUCUGUGAUUAAGUCAGGUAAACGACGAAUUUGGAGACUAAAAAGUGACACUGGACACUGGACUGACGUAAAAAAUGGAUUUCUGACCAAUGUGAUUAUUUCUAAUGCUGUGGAAUACAAUUUCCCAAAACACACAGUGGAAUAAUUAUCUUUGUUUUAGAUAGUAUGCUUACAAACAAAGGCCACACCUCCUACAGUUCCUCCUCAGGGGGCUGAGCCAAUCAGCAGAGGUCAUGGGCCGUAGGGCAGCUGACACAUCCAAUGCAGUGCCGGCGCUAGAAGUACCUCUAGCUGGUGGGCAGGCCGUCCUGUCUCAAAAAUGGGGCCCUUUGUGCAGUGUUGGCGUCCAAACGUCGCCAGGCCUCCGCUCACUUCCGUCAUUGAAGAAGAAGACUCAAACGGUCAGUACGACCAACGGACCAACUGUCGAAACCAUGUCGCUGGAUCGGGCAAGGCGUUUUGAAGUUAACGGAAGGCACGUUGUCAAGGCGGCGUCCAGGAACCAUGUGGCACAAGACAGGACAUCCCAGGAGAGUGAGGUGUACUGUCAAAUUAAAGCCAAUCCAAACCAAUUCAGGCCAAGGGGGAGUUUAAAAAGAACCCCUCGAUAUGUUAACGGAAGUAUUGUUGCAUCUGAGGUGGUGGGUGGAGUUUGCAGCGAAGGGGCUGAAUCUGAGGAAGCGAGACGGCAGAGUCAAACAAUGACGCAUGAAUGUAAGCGAGGUCAGUUGCUGAAAGGUGAGGCAUCCAGGCCAACCACUGACUCAUACACCACGCCCCCUCACCCAUGUCGCAUGAUGCCGUCAUCACCCAGACUGUGCGCCAGCUGUGGGCGGAGGCAGUCUCAAGCCCCACCUUGCAUAACACCUGCUUGUCAGAAACGAGCAGCCAGUCAUGUUCAAGCGACCAUGACGCUUCCGCCGCUGCUGAGGAAAGGCUGUUCGCCUUGCUUGCAGAAACAAAACUCCACGGUUGCACAGCCAACAUACACGCAAAUUGCCAAUCACACAAUGCAAAACGCAUUCUCCACCCCCUUACAAUCCAACAAAAAAGAUCCAAAAACAGAAGCAUUUACACAGUCUGAAAAGGCCAAAAACGACUUGACAAUGCAACACACGCAAACACGAGUCAAAACAGAAUCAAUCGCACAACUCACAUCGCAAGACAGGAAGAACAAGUGUACGACCACACAAAAGCACAAAUCCGCCACACCCACUCUUCCACCAAAGCAAGACUUGAAACCAAUACAAGUCAAAUAUAAACCAGUACCUCCAGAGCUUCUGAUUGGCUCAGGGGCGGGGCCUAAACCACAACCCCCGCCCACCCCUCCACCAGAACCUGAAACUGAGACAGAAACCGACUCUAAAGACACUCAUCCACCUCCAACAGAUGAUAUCCCACAAUCCAAUGGUGCACCUGGCGUUCUACAUGGACUGCUGCAGAAUGUAGAAGAAAACCUGCUGUAUAAUCAGGAAAAGAUCAAAGUCCUUCUCAAUGUCAUUCAGGACCUGGAGAGGAACAAAGCAAUGAGUGAAGGGCGUUGUUCUUACAGAACAGGUCAGGACAUCAACAACUGCUCAACCUGCCAGAAAACAGCCUGCAUCAUAUACAGUGUGGAGCACGACUUCCGAGUGCAGGAGGGACAAUUUCAUAGCAUUCUGGAAGCCUUGGAUGAAGCAGAGUACGAUGUUCCCGCCCCCGUCCCAAAGCCCGCCCACAUACAACCUCGAACCAAGAGCCGCGUCAAGAAACUGCGAAAGAAGUGUUUCUGGUGGCUGUAGAGAACCAUCAGCAUGGAGAUCUACCGCGGUUUAGAUUGUAUAAGUACUUUCAUUGGCAUUCAUGGAAGAUGCCACCAGCAUCACCGCUGUCACAGAGAAUGUCGGAAAAUAAAACUGUUGGACCAUGAGCUUCAUAAUACAGUCCAGCAUAGAGGAUUUGUUAAAACGUUGCUCCUACUGAACGGAUUACGCUUCAAAAUAACUGUAACAUUUUGACGAAAUUCUCAAAGCCCAGGCUGAACCAAAAGCUCAUCUGACAUCCUGAAAACUUGAGGACAAUUUAAAACCCAAGGAGACCCAGAAGACCUCGCGUCUAACCAGUCAAUAAAUCCCCUUCAUAGUGUCUGACAGAGGCGGAGUGCAGUCGAUAUCCCUCUACGCUGACGUACAGAGUGUUAUCCUGAUGGAGAUUCUCUGUCUCAUCUCCUCAUCACCGUUCUCUGACCUUUGUGUGGAUGGCUUUGGUCCCCGACUAAUGAAUGUCUAACGCUAUGUUCCCAAACUUAGUGAUCUGCCUACAUACACAGCAUGUUAAGGAAGCGGUAGUUGAGCUCCCCAUCCAAAGGCAGUUCCAAAAUAGGUCGUCUUAUAAGAUACAACCACACUGCAUUGUCCUUAAUGGUUUAACAACCAUAACAACUAAGUUAAACUUACUGUUUAAAUAAAUCGUUCAGCCGAAAAUGGAAAUUUGCUGAAAAUGAACUCACCCUCAGUCCAUCAAAGAUAUAGAUGAGCUUUCUUUCUUUCCCCAUGGGAAUAAAUUUGGAGAAAUGUAGCAUUACAUCACUUGCUCACCAAUGAAUCCUCUGCAGUGAAUGGGUGGCGUCAGAAUGAGAGUCAAAACAGCUGAUUAAAACAUCACCAUAAUCCACAAGUAAUUCACACCACUCCAGUCCAUCAAUUCAUGUCUUGUGAAGUGAAAAGCUGUUUCUGAGAAACAAAUCCGUCAUUAAGAUGUCUUCAACUUCAAGCUUCUAGUUCUGGCCAAAUGAUGAGUCCAUAAUUUAUAAUGAGCUUUCUCCAGUGAAAAAGUCCAUCCCCUGUUGUCCUUUCACAUCAAAAUCCACCCACAUAACUGUUUAGAACUGUUUUGGGCUGUGUUUGCUCAAAAACUGUGAGCUGUGCAUAUUUCUCUUCUGAUCCAGAUGAGAUGACUUUUUCACUGGAGGAAGCAAUAUUAUGGAUUAUGGGCUGUUGUUUUAAGAUGGAAAACAAUGGUUUGAAGAUAAAACCAUGGAGUGAUAUCUUAAAAAAAUGCAGAUUUUCACUUCACAAGAUGUUAGUUGAUGGACUGGAGUGGUGUGAA